CCAGAUUAUUACAAUCACUGUGUCUCUCAUUAUGGUCAUUGCAGCCUUGAUAACUACACUUGUCCUUAAAAACUGCUGUGUACAGUCGGGGAAUGGCCGUCACAGUAGCCAUCAACGGAAGAUCCACCAGCAGGAGGAGAGCUGUCAGAACCUGACCGACUUCACCCCUGCCCGCGUGCCCAACAAAGUGGACAUCUUCACCGCCUACAACGACAGCCUGCAGUGCUCGCGCGAGUGUGUGCGCACCGCCGUGCCCGUCUACACAGACGAGAUGAUCCAGCAGACCCCUAUAUACAAGACCACCUAUAACGGAAAUAGACCUUCUCCCACUGAAAGGCAGCUGAUUCCUGUGGCCUUUGUGUCAGAGAAGUGGUUCGAGAUCUCCUGCUGACUAUCUGAAGCCUUUUUUACAUCACGUCGAUGGAACAAACUUCCUGAAUUUAUGCUCUGGAUCCUUUGGUAAACGUUUCCAACCAAGAUAAAGAAGCGACUCAAAACGACACAGAUGAAGAUAUUUAUUUUUCUAUAAAUGAUGACAAACCAAGCAGCCAUACCGCUGCCACUCUACACUAUUUUCCAGAGACCUGUGUUAAUUUAGAUAUCUAGUUAGAGUUAAUAUAUAACUACAUUACUGGAUGUGCCAGAGAAGACCAUCUACGUCAGCGUCACCUUGAAGGGGACUAGGUUUCUUGGAGAGCUAGGAGACUUGGAGGAUCUGCUCUCAGUGGAAAAAGCUGAGUUGUAUUACUGAACAAUGUGCCAAUUACGCCACUAUGUGCCAUAAUCUGUACAGAACAACAAUUCAUGGACAACUAAAGACAGUGCUAUAUUAACCUUGUAUCAAACAUAUUCUUUUUAAAGAAAAAUGAAGAAAAAAGUAUGUUUAAAGUAUUUGAAUAUGUUUUCUGAAAUAGUCCAAAAAAUAUAUAUUAUAUGAAGCACUAAUCAUUGAGGGCAAGGGGGGAAAGAAAAGAAAACGGUAAAUGCUUUAGUCAACACCUACAUUUAAUGCAUUGUUACUAUGUCCCAUUUUAAAACCAGAGUAGUCUGUCUAUUUUUAUAUAUACGCAAAGAGGUCAGUCAGUCAGAACCCAAACAGUAGAAUUCCAUGCCACAUGAUGUUUGGACAGCGGAACGCCAUUAACAGUCCAAUCAGAGAUCGAAUCCAAGCCCAGAUUAUUUUCCCUUUCGCUAUGUCCUUUUUGUCAGAGGUUUUGGAUUGUGCUAACUACAUAAAAAAAGGGCUCUAUGGCUGUCGAACAUUGCAUACCCUAUGUCCUGUUGUGUUCAGUUCUAUCUGAAUUUGAAUAGCUGAAGCAAACAGAGAGGAUUAGCAGUAUGUUUACAUAUGUACUGACUCAGGUCAGUGUCCAAUACACAAGUCUUCAUUUCAUUUUCAAUCCCAAGCAUUAUUCACAAGGAAUAAGACAUGAUGAGUUACUUUGAGUGGUGGUAGGAUAUGAGCGGUACCGCACAAGGGUGGAAUUUAGAAUUAACUUGUAAGAAUAGAAUUAUUCUAACUCAACAAUUACAGUAAGUGAGAAAUAUUCAAUUUCUCCUCUGAACUAUAUGAAUAGUCAGUGUUUACCACUGUUUCCCAGUGUCUAAUUGCAAAUAUUUGUCUUAUUAGUCUUAAAACAACCAAGGGUCAGAUUUAUCAAACAAUGCUCCUAAGGCCACUAAUAAGUGUGAUUUCUGUGUAUUAUUGGGGGAAUCACAAUACCUUUUUGUGUUGCAUUUAUCAAGCACAUCCUAAUUGGAAUUAUAAUUUGAAUUAUCAUAUUAUCAUCAAACACCUUUACAAAUGGUGCCCUGUGCGAGAAGUAUUUAUAAUCAGGAGUAGUAUUUUCAAUACCAUAAUCUCUGAAAUACAUGCAAAUCAAGAAAUGAAAAUGAACAGGACAUCUGAAUAAAAAUGGCAAAGUAUUCCUCCAAAUUAGGUCCAAAUUAGCUGUAUAUCUUGUGCUGUGAAUGCAGACACAACUAUUUUUAAUAAUGUUCCUCCCUAAAGCUCACUUAUAUGAAGGAAUACACUAUCUCUCUUUCAUGUCAAGUGCAGUACAGUGAAAAACAACCAUGUUCUUUCCUGGUUCCUGAGGGUUACUCAUAGAUGUGAUUUUGUUGAACAUCAGCCUCGUCUUAACCUCCAGCAUCAUCAAUGAGAUGUGGAACUAGGGGGAUUAGGAGCAGCCAAUCAGAGUCUAGAAGACUGGGCCACAUGUAAUACAUUAAUUAAUUGAUUAGUUCAUACAAUUCCACUAUUAGUGAGUCAGGACACUUGAACAUAACACAAAACAUUUCAUUAUGCUAGUGGGUAGGUAGAAAGCACAAAAAAGAACAACACGUGAUUGCAAUUAUUCGGUGUCGACAGCAAUAUGUACAUAUUUAAAGAUGGACUGGAUUCUUGUCCGGAUGUGGGCUGAUAUCUGCACUUACUCAAUGAGAUGGACAAGAUUCAGGCUUCAGCUAUUCUGUUUCCAGAGCUCAAGUUAGAGGUGGACCCAUAGUACAGAUCCUAAAUCACAAGCUUAUGUAACUGGAGGGGUAAAGAACUGACCUUGGAUCUGUGGCUGUGGUGCAACUGUGACUCCUAGUACACCACUCUCACAGCAAAACACCAUGAACGACCAUGCCAAUUCAUCCAAACAUGUACGCUGAGACCAAGUUGCGUCAACAUAACAUAUAUUUUUUGAACAAAAAGUGUUAUCUUGAUAGUCAGAGGGUUACUAAACUGUAUAUUAUACAUGUGUAAAUGUAUUUUCUAUAUAUUUACUUCUAUUUGUGUACAGGUAUGUUCUAUUUUUAAAGACCUGUCUCUUUUUGGGAAAGGUUUGGCUAGGUCGGGAUAGUGUCUUUGUUUACAUGUGAACUACCGUAUUUCUUUCACAAUACAAAAUAACCUUGUGCCAAGCUUCCUACCUGCACUUUCAAGCAGUACCUGUAUUAUAUAUUUGGCUAAUCAAUACAAUACUUAAAUAGACACUGCAAUAUUUCACAUACUGAAAAAGUUGUUAGAAGUAACAAAGCUAGGGAGAGAAGGUCUUUUGAUUGUAUACUAUGAUGAGAUCAGCGUGCUGAUGCUUGGGGUUUGGUUGGUAGAAGAUACGCAAUUAUCAAAUGCUGACAACCAUUUUCAUAUGAAAUCUAUUUGCUUCUGGAAAUAUGAUUAGUCAUGGUGAAAAGGGGAAGUAAUGUAAACCCAAGAAUAAUUGUUAUGAGAGAAAGUUAGACUGAGUUAAUUUUUUGUUCAUUUUUGCUGUAAUAUUUAAAACUACAUGUAACCACUCUAGAGACCAAGACAUAUGUGUCAGUUUUCUCUUUAAAGGCAGGGAAAACUAUUAGGCCAAUGAACUUGAACUAUUUAGCAUGAGUUGAAACCACAGAUAAAUGAUCAGAAAGAAGUACAGUAGUAAAGAAAACAAAGAAUAAGGGUUCAGGGUUUUUAGGGUAAAUAUUUCACUCCCCUUUGCAUUUGCAGAGAACAAGUACAUGAACAAGGAUUUUUAUGUUUUGGUUAUGCUGGUACUGAAAUGUAUCGGGUAUGUACUUAUUUUGUCUUUCUUUCAUAUGAUGAUGACAAACACCACCAAUGUUUUUCAACAAAAUUCGCCACCUUCAUGAACAUCUUCAUGAUCAGAUUUUUAGAUAGCAUGAUUGUUUAAAGCCAGCUACAUACUACACCAUUUUUACCUCAAUAUUCUAAAGGAAGUUUGGAACAUCAUAGGAAUAUCAAGGGCACAAUUUCUUUAAUGUGAAAGGUUUCCUCGAGUGCUGUCUACAAGCCUCAGAUGUUUGAAUAUCCUCCCAAGCAUUGUCCCCAACGUGCAUUUCUCAAAUUUCUAAUAUACUUUCAAAUUGUUACAUAUGAAAGUGUUGUCUUGAAAUACACUACAUGACCAAAAGCAUGUGGACACCUGCUCAUUGAACAUCUCAUUCCAAAAUCAUUGGCAU